AUGAUGGGAGACUGUGUUUGUGCUGGCUCCGGCCACGGGGCCACUUGGCACGCUCCUCGCUGUGUUGUGAAGAGGUCCGGGAAGCUUGGAGGCGUAAACAGGGCGGCGGGGUCAGAGGACUCAACUGGUCCGCAAAUAAACAAACUGUCCUCGGGGGCAGUAGCCGGUACUGACAUGGUGCCACAGCCUGAGGUGUGGCCUGAGGUGGAGAGGGCAGAGUGUUUGGCCCGCGGCGCUGCCCUGAAAUGGGCCUCGGGUGUUUUCUGUCGGCCUGAACAUCUGGAGCGACUCAGUCAAUACAGGAAGAGAGAAAGUCAGAGGACAGCAUCCGUUCACACCAGACUGAAGUCCAUGGUCCAGUCGUACCUGGAGGGAGUGGGCUGGGGUCUGGAGCAGCUCCGCGAGGCCCGGACUGAGCUGAGGGAAGUGUCGCGUGAUUUGAAGAAAGCUGGACUGGAGUCUGAUCAAAACACAGAGGGGGGAAGAUCUCUGGAGAGACUGAGAGAGGUGUCUGCAAACCACAGUCAGCUCCUCGCUGCCGUUAGCAACCUGCCACGACUUUACUCCGUGCGUAGCAUGGUGAUGGAGACAGAGCGCCUGGUGGAGUCCCGGCGGCUGUUGGAGGCCCAUGCCAAGCUGAUGGAUCUGGAGUACUUGCAGGAUGAUAUUCUGUGGCAGCUCAACAAGGCCGCAGGAGGUGCACUCAGCACUGAAGACCAGGAAGUGGUGGCCAAAUAUUUCUCUGGAGUCCGGCACCUGGUCGAUGCACUGGGGAAGGAGCUGUGGGCGGUGGUGAGCAGUGCUCUGGCGCUGGCCCGACAAAACCCCACGCCGUUCGUAUCCGCUGUCAGGAUUGUGGAGCGGGAGGAGGCGCUGGACCAAACUCUGCUGGAGGAGAGGGGAGGCGGCGGAGGCAACGGCAGGCCCCUACCCCCUGGACGACCUCGCUGCUGGAGAGCGUGCUUCUUCAAGGUACUAGAGGAGGCAGUGGCGGCGCGGUUUCGCAGUGUUUCCUAUCUGCACACACGUGGUCCGGGUCUGGCGGGUCACCUCUCUGCACUGCAGCACGGCAUCAUGGCCGACCUGGCCACCGUACGCCACCUGCUGGAGCACUGCGUCCCGCAACACUACAAGCUGACUGGAACCUACUUGAGGGCCAGCCACCGCUGUUUACACGCCCACCUGACACAGGUUAGCAGCUGGGACCUGGAGAGCGGUGAAAUCUUCGCUGUGCUCAACUGGGUGCUGCACAUCUACAACAGCCCGGACAUGAUGGGUCAUCCUGAGCUGGUGACGGAGAUGGAGAGAGAAGAGCUGAGGCCUCUAAUCUCCACAGAGGGACUCGAGCAGCUGCAGAGCAAAUACGUGCAGAGUGUUCGGAAGAGUGUAUCUGAAUGGAUGCACAAAGCUCUGCAGGUGGAGCUGCAGGACUGGCAGAGGGACCAGGAGCCAGAUACAGACCAUGAGGGCUUCUACCAAACAAGCCUGCCCACAAUCAUCACACAGAUGCUGGAGGAGAACGCCCGGGUGGCUCUGAUGAUCGGCGAGUCCCUGCGAGAUCAGACUAUACAGAUGGGACUGUAUGAGAUGGAGAACCUCCUGAACAGGUGUGUGCGCAUGGACGUUGUGUGUCUGUGCUCCUGAACAUACUUUUGCUUAGUAAA